CAUGCUCCACAUCUUAGCAUCUGACACGCCACAGAAAUGGGUAACGUUGCAUGUUCUGGGUUCUAGCUUCACACGUUCCUAUGUAUUCUAAAUUCAUCAGUUACUGGAUAAUACAAAAAACCCAGACGUGGCAGUUGUAGCUCAAGCCCAGAAGUCCCUCCUCACGGUUAAGUGCUUUAUCUCUUAGGUUACAGGGUUAGAAUUAGAGGGGUUCAAAUUAUUUCAGAUCACCCGAGAAGAGUUGGGUGUGGAGUAGGAGUAGAAAGUUUGGAGUGAACAUGCAUUAAUUGCUGAGAAACAGCACAUGUCACACUGACUCCUCCCCAUCUACUUAAUUUGAUGCUUAGUCUGAAAACAAAUUCUGUGAGACAAAGCAAACUCCGUUAACCUUUGGGAGCAUAUAGCAUUUCAUUCAUUUCUCUUGAUAGGUAAAGCUUUGUUUUUCAGGCUUUACUGCAACAGCGAUGGCUUGCCCUCAGCCAUCAGAUGAGCUUGUCUUUUUUGUGAAUGGCAGGAAGGUAACGGAGAGGCAGGCAGACCCUGAAGAAUUGCUGCUGUAUUAUCUGAGAAAGAAACUCCGUCUCUCAGGUACAAAAUAUGGCUGUGGAAUAGGAGGAUGUGGUGCCUGCACUGUGAUGAUAUCCACAUAUGAUCCAGUUGCCAAGCAGAUACAACAUCAUCCUGCCAACUCCUGCCUUCUCCCCAUAUGCACUCUGCAUGGUGCUGCUGUCACUACUGUGGAAGGGGUUGGAAGCAUAAAGGCCAGGAUUCAUCCAAUUCAGGAAAGGCUUGCCAAGUGCCAUGGUUUCCAGUGUGGCUUCUGCACCCCUGGAAUGGUGAUGUCCAUAUAUGCUUUACUGAGAAAUCAUGCCAAACCUUCCAUGGAGCAGAUAAUUUCUGCUCUGGAUGGUAAUUUGUGUCGUUGUACAGGAUACCAGCCAAUUAUAGACAGCUGCGCAUCUUUUGUUGGGGAGCCAACAUGUUGCCAGCUUAGAGGUACUGGACAGUGUUGCUUGGAUAAGGAAGAAUGUGUGUGUACGUCUUCUACAGAAGGUCAAAUUCAUUCAGGUCUUUACAAUCCAGAAGAAUUCCCAUCCAUGGAUCCAACACAGGAAUUUAUAUUUCCUCCUGAACUAAUGAUAAUGGCUCAAGAGCAGCAAAAAAGAACUUUGGUUUUCCAUGGCAAGAGAACAACAUGGAUUUCUCCCCCUAGCCUGAAGGAACUUCUGGAGCUGAAAGCCAAGUAUCCAAAGGCACCCCUGGUUGUGGGGAACACCAGUGUGGGACUCAAAAAAAAUCACCAUGGUACCUAUCAUCCAAUCAGUCUUCAUCCUGUUAGGAUUCCAGAGAUGCAUGUUGUGAGUAGCACAAAUAAUGGGCUAGUAAUAGGAGCUGCCUGCUGCUUGGCCCAGCUCAGAGACAUCCUGAUGGAGGCAGUCACAAAACUUCCCCAGGAGAAAACAAAAAUCUACCAAGCUCUCUUGCAACACCUGAGAACUCUUGCUGGAGAACAGAUCAGGAGCAUGGCAUCUUUAGGAGGACACAUUGUAAGCAGGGGAUCAACAUGGGACUUGAACCCAAUCUUAUCAGUUGGCAAAUCUGUUCUCAACGUGGCAUCAGAAGAUGGUGAAAGACAGAUUCUUUUAAAUGAUCAGUUUCUUGCUGGCUGUGAGAAUGCAGAUAUAAAGGCCAAGGAGGUCAUUGUUUCUGUUCUCAUCCCAUACUUGCUGAAGGAUGACUUUAUUUCAGCCUUCAGGCAGGCUGAAAGUCAGAAAAAUGCUUUUUCCAUAGUGAAUUCUGGAAUGAGAGUCCUCUUCAAUCCAGGCACAGAUACCGUUGUAGAUCUGAGUAUUUUGUAUGGAGGCAUUGGCUCAACCACGAUUAGUGCAAAAAAGUCCUGCAAGAAGCUCAUAGGAAGACAGUGGAAUGAUCAGAUGCUGAAUGAAGCUUGCAGACUGGUGCUGGAGGAAAUUUUCCUCCCUCCAUCAGCUCAGGGUGGAAAAGUGGAAUAUAGAAGAACUCUGCUUGUCAGCUUCCUUUUCAGAUUUUACCUGGAAGUGUUACAUGGUUUAUAUCAGAUGUAUCCUUUCAGGUAUGCUGAGCUCUCACAGGAGAGGAUGAGUGCUUUGGGAUUGCUACAAAGUGGUGCUCCCCAGGGUGUCCAGAUCUAUGAGGAUGUUGACCCAGGACAGUCUCCACAAGAUCUUGUGGGCCGUCCCAUCAUGCACCAGUCUGGUAUUAAGCAUGCCACUGGUGAAGCAGUUUACACUGAUGACAUUUGUCCAGUGGAUGGAGAACUUUCACUGGCUGUGGUCACCAGUAUUAAAGCCCAUGGAAAGAUCAUAUCAAUUGAUGCAUCAGAAGCCCUUCAGGUGCCAGGAGUGGUUGAUGUUGUGACAGCAAGAGAUAUUCCUGGGGAAAACGGCAAGGAUGAGCAAGCAUAUGCAGAAGAUAAGGUGAUUUGUGUUGGUCAGAUAAUCUGUGCUGUGGUUGCAGAGUCACUGACUCAGGCGAAGUGUGGGGCUGAGAAAGUGAAGAUAGUGUAUGAAGAUCUGGAGCCAGUUCUGACCAUUGAGGAUGCAAUAAAACAUAAUUCAUACAUUACUGAAGAAAGGAAAAUAGAAAAAGGAGAUAUUGAGAAAGGAUUCAAGUCUGCUGCUGAAAUCAUAGAAGGUGAAUUGCACACAGGAGGACAGGAACAUUUUUACCUGGAAACAAAUAGUGUGCUUGUUAUUCCAAGAGUGGAGGAUAAAGAAAUGGAUGUGUAUGUGUCAACUCAGCAUGUAACAGAUGUACAGGAAUUAGUGGCUUCAGCUUUAAACCUCCAGUCCAAUAAAAUUAUGUGCCAUGUGAAACAUGUUGGUGGAGCAUUCGGUGGGAAGAUUACUAAACCUUCACUCUUUGCUGUAGUUGCAGCAGUGGCAGCCAACAAGACCGGGCAUCCAGUUAGUUUUGCCCUUGAAAGAAAUAUGGAUAUGUUAAUCACUGGUGGACGGCACCCUUUCAUUGGAAAAUAUAAAGUUGGAUUCACAAAUGAUGGUAGAAUUAUAGCUGCCGAUUUUCAGUGCUAUAUAAAUGGUGGCUGUACAACAGAUGAGUCUGAAUUGGUUAGGGAAAUACACAUGUACAAAGGAGUUAACCUAACAUCCUUCAAAGAAGAGUUUAAUGCAGAGAAUCUGUGGAAAUGUUGGGAAGAAUGUUUGGACAAAUCUGACUACUACAACCGAAAGGCAAAGGUGGAAGAAUUUAACACAAAAAAUUACUGGAGAAAGAAAGGGAUUGCCAUCAUUCCCAUGAAGUUUUCUGUUGGAUUUAAUGCAACUUAUUUUCAUCAGGCUGGAGCUCUCAUCCAUAUCUAUCUAGACGGGUCUGUGCUAGUCACUCAUAGUGGAAUUGAACUGGGACAAGGAAUUCACACUAAGAUGUUACAGGUGUGUUAUCAUGAACUGAAGAUACCGUUGUCAUAUAUACACUUCUCUGAAACAAGCACAACAACUGUACCUAAUGGAAAAUACACAGCAGCAUCAGUUGGAACAGAAACCAAUGCAAGAGCAGUCCAGGAUGCUUGUCAAACCCUUUGGAAGCGUCUGGAGCCUAUACGAAGAGACAAUCCUAAUGGCAAAUGGGAAGACUGGAUCAGUGAAGCUCACAAGCAAAGCAUCAGUCUUUCAGCUACUGGCUAUUUCAAAGGUUAUGUAACAAACAUGAACUGGGACACACAGAAAGGCCAUGCGUUCCCAUAUUUUCUCUUUGGAGUUGCAUGUUCUGAAGUAGAAAUUGACUGUUUGACAGGAGCCCACAAGAACAUCAGAACAGACAUUGUCAUGGAUGCGUGUUUUAGCAUAAAUCCAGCUAUAGAUAUAGGACAGAUUGAAGGGGCCUCCAUCCAAGGAGUUGGUCUUUAUACAUUAGAAGAAAUCUGCUUUUCCCCAGAAGGAGAGCAGCUAACUCUUGGCCCAGAUACAUAUAAGAGUCCUGCUAUCUGUGACAUUCCUGAGCACUUCCGUGUCUAUUUACUGCCAAAUUCACACAACUCGAUUGAUAUCUAUUCUUCCAAGGGCAUGGGAGAGGCUGGAUUCUUCCUGGGCAGCUCAGUGUUCUUUGCAAUAUGAGAUGCAGUGGCUGCUGCACGGAAGGAAAGAGGACUGCCCCUGGACUUCACACUAAACAGCCCCUUGACUGUUGAGCAAACUCGCAUGGCCUGUGCUGAUGUCUUUACUGAGAUGAUUCCAAAAGAUAAACCUGGAACCUAUAAGCCAUGGGCCAUCAAUAUAUCUUAAUACUGCUUUCCUAAGUACCAAGCAACUAGGUGACUCCUUCAGCCACUUACUGACUGAAAGCUUUCCUUCAAGAAAGAACUGUAAUACUUACACACACCAAUACAUAUAUAUCUGUCUUUGUAGAAUGAGAACAAGCACCAGUUCUCUUGUCAUGCCAUGUAAGAGACCUCUUAUUCUGAAACAUACAUUUGUUUCUAAAUCAAACUGUGUUCCAUGCUACACUGGAAUAAUUCUGGAGUUACCCCACGAACUUGCAAGAAUUCACAUGCAAUUUUGACAAUACCUGCAAUAAAGAGCAGGUCACAAAUAGUACCAUUUUGCCACUUCUGCAUCUAGUCUGAGAUUCAUAACUGUUGUUACCCACUCUUUCUGUUCUUCUGGUACUUGAAAAUCCCGAAGAUCAGAAUUAGACACUGUACAAACUAGUGAUGAGCAGUAUAUCAAAUAUAUCAAAGUUACGGUAGAGCAGAAAUGCCAAACGUUUUCUGGACACUGCUGUAUUAUUAUUACCACAGUGACCCCAGAAUACUGCAGCAUACCUCUUUGCUUCCUGGCAGCCCAUCUCAGACCUGCUCCUUACCACUAGUUCUCUCUGAACCACUAUUGAUGUUGACUUCUCUCAGGGCUGGAAUAUAAUCAUUGCUACUCACUGCAUUGUCAGCAUUCACUCCUCUCCUUUGCUUUACCCACAAUUUUGCUGCUUCUUUCCAGUAAAACAGUGAAGAAGGACAUAGCUGAUGGCAUCUGUAGGUAAGGAGAGAGCACAAGGUGAGGGAGGUGUACUGGGGGUAGGAAGGGUUAAAUAGCAGAACAGGUUCCAAUACCACCUUUGAGUGAAGAAGUGAGGAUUUCUGGGAUAACAUAAAUCAGUAAGCAAAGAGAUAGAGGGAUAGACCACCAUAUGUGCAAAACCUCAUAGUCUUCUUAUCUAAAACAUUCAUUUUGAAAUAGGCUUGCUCAUUGCAGCCAUCAGCAGCUAUACAUAACAAAUAUGCAGCAGGUGUCUUAGAUAAAAAGGUGGAGGGGAAAAGGGCUAAGAGGAAACAACAACAACAGAAGUUCAUCAUUAAAAAUAGGUGUGUCAGCUCCCAGUUUAACUGUGCCAAACAACACUACUGGCACUCUGGCAGACAUUGCUUUAGAAAAGAAGUUUAAAGUGAUGCUGUGGCAGCUGUAUGAAUCUUGAUGGAGCAUUUCCCUGUGAGGAGACUGAAAAGAAAAUGCAAAGAUAUUUGAGAGGGAGAAAAGGAAAUGGCUGAGCUGAUCCAACCUACGUUUACAUGCAAAUUUGUUCAACUUUAACAUUUGAUAGGUCAAAGCAAUAAAAUUAACAGUAAGAACACAUUUAAUGUCUUUGUGUAUCCAAAACACUAGCAUAAGAAAUAACUGGAGAUACUCAACAGGUAUUGCAUUAGUUCAGAUCCUGGACUCAUUUACAUAAACAUAAAUCUGGACUAUUUUCAUUUAUUUUAAGGGUGAGAUUUCAGGCUUAAAUUAGCAUGCUAUAGAAGAAGUAUGACCCUCAAGUAAAUCGUAUUUAACCUAAAUCUGUAGAGGUGCUCCAAGAUUUUAUUUCUUUACAAAUAAAUUAAUAUUACAAAUAAUGAAGAAAUUGACAGGUUAUGUUGGUAAAGGUUUCCUGUUCAUUUCUCUUGGUAAAUUGUGAGACUACAGCUAAUGCGAAAAGCUCAGCUAGCAAUAUGGUUUUGCAAUUUUGGAAUAUCAAACACUUCAAGGAGCUGGCAGCAGGAACUAUCAUAUCUUUGUGUUCUUUACCUUAAAAUGCAGUUUCCCUAACAUGUGAUUUAUCUUCUUGUCUUCUUAUUUAACUGUAAUUUAGAAAAAGGCUCUCCUUUUAGAAUGAGUACCAAAGAAAUCAGUGCCUUGGAUUUAGAAUGAAUGAAUAAAUACUAAGGUGAAUAUCUUCCUUCUGAAUGUGAUCUCCUUUUGGGUAUUUUUGAAUGUGCUAUUUUGGGGAUUUCAUUGAGCUGUUAAACAGGAUUUGCUUAAAUAUGUCUUCAAUAAAAGCAAACUUCUAAGA